AUGGUCGUACCGUCCAUCAAGGAGCGAUUCCCGAGCAGAAGCAAACGAGUUGUGCUGCAGCAUGACAAUGCCACGCUUCAUGGGUCCAUCGAUGAAGACACCUUGGCUGCUGUGUCGACGGAUGGGUGGACAUUUGUGGUCCGUCGACAGCCGCCAAAUAGUCCGGACCUUAACGUCCGUGACCUCGGCUUUUUCGCAUCGAUUCAAGCACUACAAUACAAGAUGGUGAGUCGGUCGAUGGACGAUGUGAUCGAAGCUACAUUGUCCGCCUUCGAGGUUCUCAGUAGUGAUAAGUUGAGUAGCAUCUUCCUUACCCUGCAGGCGGUGAUGUGCCUUGUAAUGGAACACCACGGCGAGAACAACUUUAAGUUGCCCCACCUGAAGAAGCAUACAUUGAGACGUGCUGGAACCCUCAUGGCGAACGUCACAUGUCCUGCUUCGCUUUUCUUUCACGUGAACUCAUUCGUCCAGCAGUCCUUGAGUCGAUAA